CUCGGCUGAGUUCGGUUCGAAACUUUUCAAGCAAUUUUGUAAAAUCACCAUUAAGUGCAUAUAUUAAUAUUAUGAUACACAUACAUACAAGGGAUAUUUUAGUAAAUUUAACAUAUAUAUCGAGACGCUCGACAAUGCAAAAUUUGGGCUCGAGCUCGAUUCGAGUUCGUGCUCGAGCCCUCAAGCUCGAUUCUAGUUCGGUCAAA